GGGGCAGGAUAAGUGCAAAAACUUUUGCGGUUGGAUUAUACUGUAUCUGUCAUAGAUGAGGGGAAAACCAUAACUGCAAUGAAACAAAACUUUGGAUGGAAUCUGCAACUAAUUGUGGGAACUUUCUGGAUCUUGAUAGUGCCAGCCACGGUGUCUGCUCUUGGCCAGCCCGAUGUGCCAACUGGGGGUCUUCUGAGGAUCAUCUGGCAAGGCACAUGUGUUAAUGGCUUGGACCUUCUUCUUGCCAUUGAGCUGAUUCUUCAGAAUCUGCCUCACUCUCUAGGGUAUACUUGAAAAGCCCACCGCUGUCUCCUUUGCCUCUUUUUUUUCUGGCCCCCGUGUGAUUGGUAUCCGUAUAGCUGUCUUGCAGGUCUGUUAUGUUUCCCCGAGGCUGUCUUUCCUUUGUUCAGUGGUAUCUACAGGUACCAUUUCCAGUUCCAAUCGCAUAGUAAAAUCAUUGCCGUGCUUACUGUGAUGAAGACAGAACAGUUCAUUUGACACAACAGUUGGUGAUUAUUUGUGUAAUGUACAGUAUGUCAUUGGUGGAUGGAAGACCUCUAUGUAUUACCAACAGGUAUAGUGCAUUGCAAAAUGCCAAUUUAAAUGAAGAUAACUUGAGUGACUUGAUUUAAAGGCCAGUGUACAAAACUAUUUUUAUUUUUAUUUUAUUUUGUUUCAUGCAAAGCAUUGAAAGUUUCAUGUAUCUUAUUUAGGUUCAUUUCCUCAGUGCUUGAUGUUUUAAAGGUUUAAUUAUAUUUCUAAGUUUUAUCUGGUGCACUGGCACAUGCACUUGGUCUCUGUAAAAUAAUUCACACUUGCACGCAUGGUCUCUACAAUACAAUUACUCAAGUUGUGAUAUAAUUUGUGGAGGUUUUAUUAUUUGGAAAGUUGAAUCUGCAUUUUCAAGUUAAAGUUGUUAUCGUUUGUAUUUAAGGCUGCACAUUGGUAUUGUGAUGGGCUAUGUUGUAAGAAUGUGAAAUGAAUGAAUAUCAGAACAAGAGGCUUUUGUGCAAUAGGCAAAGAACACAGAAAGAUUAUUGAUAACGUGCCUUUACUGUGGUGGAGUUUGCCAGACGGAAAACGUCAGGAAAACAUAAUUGUCCAUUUGAAAGGUAGGCUCGGCCUACUCUAAUCUAAUUCAAAUAAAGUAAUGUUAAAUAUUCAAACAAGUUAUACAAAAAAAAUAAAUAAAUAAACAGGACAGCAUCAUUAGGUUUUAGUUGUAACUAGUUAUUUCCCACGAAGGAAUAAAGAAAGGUAUUGAAGUUAUUCCAUAUAAAAUAUGCUGCAAGGGAGAAUACUAAAUUCACAAUAUAUGAUCAAAUAUAUUUUUUCCUUCAUGACUGUCGUCAUGGAACCAUGCACAUCAGCAAGCACAUAAAACAUGUUUUGUAGGUCUAUGUUAUACUUUGAGUUGUGCAUUGAAGUGAUAAUGGUACAGCAUGUGUGACAGCAGAAACAAGAGUCAAUGGACACAUCUCUAAAAUGUAAAUGGGGAGUCAGUAUGGGCGGGGUUAAAGAAACACAGGCUUGACAAGAGGUAGAGGCUCAUCGUGUACACUUAGAAUAGUGGCACAAUGAAUGUUAAUACGACAGAACAUUUUAUUUUGUUAGUAGCCCUAUUAGACUAACAUCAGCAUUACCUGGCAGGCCAAUUGAACACUCGCUACUGCACAAUGCUACUAUCAUAAAUAAAACCCAAGAGAUCGCAUAAGGUUUGGUGAGCAGCUGAAGAGGCAACUAGUCAACUCGAGCUGCAUGUGGUCUGCUGUGGUCGCUGCUGCUGCUGUGGUGACUGAGACUUAGAAGAACCCGAGAAGCUUCAGGCAGCUCUUGCCAGGUUUGGCGACCAGCUGACUUCCAACGACUGCCGUAUCUACAGUUGCAGCCUUGCCCUUGCCAUUGCCAAGUUUGGGGAUAGGAGUGAUACUUUUAAAUCCUCACACGCACUGCACACACCCACUCACACACACACAGCAGUAUAUUCAGUUGAAGCUGCUCCCGCUUUGGUCGCUGAGCCUAGUUUUAGAAGCUUCCAGAGUUUCACCCAAAAUCUCCCAGCUGAGGCGUCGACUCCCGCACCUGGACUAAUUUUUUUUCCCUCGGGGGGGCAGCAGUCAUGUUUCUGAAGGACAUUGGGCGGCAGCUGCUGCGGGUGAAGGUGGUGGACUGCAGCGCCACCGAGUCACGGCUGGCGCGAUGCCUCAACACCUUUGACCUGGUGGCGCUCGGCGUGGGCAGCACGCUGGGCGCCGGCGUCUACGUGCUCGCCGGGGCGGUGGCGCGCGAGAACGCCGGCCCCGCCAUCAUCCUCUCCUUCCUGAUCGCCGCGCUGGCGUCCGUCAUGGCCGGCCUGUGCUACGCCGAGUUUGGCGCGCGCGUGCCCAAGACGGGCUCGGCGUACCUGUACAGCUACGUGACGGUGGGCGAGCUGUGGGCCUUCAUCACCGGCUGGAACCUCAUCCUCUCCUACAUUAUUGGGACGUCUAGUGUGGCCCGAGCCUGGAGUGCUACGUUCGAUGGCCUGAUCGGGAAGCACAUUGAGAGCUUCUGUAGACAGCACAUGGCUAUGAAACUUGAAGGAGUACUAGCCGAGUAUCCAGACAUGUUUGCGGUCCUAAUCAUCCUCACGUUAACUGGCCUGCUUGCUUUUGGGGUCAAGGAGUCGGCCAUGGUCAACAAGGUGUUCACCUGCGUCAACGUCCUGGUGCUGCUCUUCGUGAUCGUGUCGGGCCUGGUCAAAGGAACCCUGAAGAACUGGGCUCUUGAUCCCGCCGAGGAGCUCAACCGCACACACAUCAACACGACAUGGACGCCACCGACGGCAGCAGAAGUGGGCGCUGGAGGCUUCAUGCCAUUUGGAGUCAAUGGAGUUCUCUCUGGCGCUGCCACCUGCUUCUACGCGUUUGUGGGCUUCGACUGCAUCGCCACCACAGGAGAGGAGGUGAAAAACCCACAGCGUGCCAUCCCUAUCGGCAUCGUGGCCUCCCUGCUCAUCUGCUUCUUCGCCUACUUCGGCGUGUCCGCCGCCCUCACCAUGAUGAUGCCCUACUACCUGCUGGACAAGAACAGCCCUCUGCCCGCGGCCUUCACCUACGUGGAGUGGGGCGGUGCCACGUACGCAGUCGCCGUAGGGUCACUGUGUGCCCUUUCCACCAGUCUCCUAGGGUCCAUGUUUCCAAUGCCCCGUGUGAUCUGGGCCAUGGCAGAGGAUGGGUUGCUCUUUAAGUUCUUGGCUAAAAUCAGCCCUAAAUCCCAAACCCCUGUAAUCGCUACGCUAACAUCUGGAGUCGUGGCAGCGGUCAUGGCUUUCCUGUUUGACCUGAAGGACCUGGUCGACCUCAUGUCCAUUGGCACUCUGUUGGCAUACACGCUGGUGGCAGCCUGCGUCCUGGUGCUUAGGUAUCAGCCGCAGCAGCCCAGCUCGGUCCUGCCCUACCAGGCCACCUCCCAGGAGGAGGCAGAGGCCGAGAACGAGGCCAUGAUGGAGAGCAACUUCAUGCCCCCACAGGAGGACUUCUCGGUGCGGAACGUUCUCUUCCCGAAGAACACGGAACCGUCUCGCCUCUCCGGCUCAGUGGUUAACAUCUGCGCCGGUAUUCUAGGGCUGCUGGUGUGUGUGUUCUGUGUGAUCGCCGCUCAGGACACGCUGCUGGCCCCCUGGUCCCUGCUGCUCCUCAGCAUCCUAGCAGUGGCCUGUCUGCUCAUCACCGUGGUGGUCGGAAGGCAGCCGCAGAGCAAAACCAAGCUCUCUUUUAAGGUGCCUCUGCUGCCUGUCCUGCCUGUGGUCAGCAUGUUCAUCAACCUUUACCUCAUGAUGCAGCUGGACCGGGGCACGUGGGUGAGAUUCCUCAUCUGGAUGGUCAUAGGGUUCUGUAUUUACUUUGGCUAUGGCAUUUGGAACAGCACAGAGGCUGCUCUGGCAAAGUCCAACAUCACAUCCAACGACAUCACAAGCUUCAAGGACCUGAUGAAUGGGCAUGCCAUGGCUCCCGAGAAGGAGGGCCUAUUCUGUAAUGGCGACACUCCAGGGGAUGAAGAUAGCGAUCCUUAAAUGCUUCAGGUUGCAGUGUUUCAUUAUCCCCGUCGGACUGGUAUGUUAGGUAAACCUGAUUCAAGUGCAGGAUCCUCACAUGAUCGGCCAGGUUAACCCGCACCAUCAUGCCAAGACAACCUUUUUAGCUUUUACUUUCCAUUCUCUGGUAAACACACACUCAAUGUCAGACCAAUUGGAAUUCACACUUAUCAGAUCAAUUACGGAAACUCAAAAAAGGGACAUUGGUCAAGUAACCCUUCAUCACAGUCUCUCCUGCUGGGAAUGGACAUUCUUAUUGUCAUCGAAGCUGAAAUGAUCUCAGGUUUCAGAGGGGGGUCAGCCUAGCGCUCUCCAGCACAGUACAGAUUCACACGCUGGGACUUCAGCAGAUCGUCUAAGUAUAACUCCCCUGUGAGACAACACAAGCCUGACCAGCAUUGUAGAACCAACGGGUGCACAGUUGAAAUGCACCUAUUUCAGGGACAGCUGCUGCUCUAGAAUAGGUAUAAUGAUUAGCAUAGUUAUAGCAUAGUCCUGUAGAAUGAAAUUGAAAUACAUGCCAUUUUAACGGUAACAUUUGUGUUACAUGUCAUUUAUAUACAAAUGUUGUCACAAUUAAAGAUGCCCGUCCCUUCCUAGAUGCAUACACCUUCUCCACCCUUUGAGGUUAGUCAGAAUGUUUGGCUUUUACUAAGCCAAAGUGACUAGGUACAGAUCAUUCAAGCACAACGUUGCCCCCUAAUGGUCCUUACGGUGUACAACACAGAAAAGUGAACAUUCUGAGCAUCCAGUGUAUUUUAUAAAGUUUCAGAAUUGUUGCCUGCAAUGGACCUGCUUUACUGUCCUGUCCACUUUUAGUCAACACAGACCAUCGUAGAGAACAUUUGUUUUUCAUUGUGGUUGUAAAAAUGGUUGUUGUUACUUCACUGUGAUGAGAUUGUUACGAAUGUUACUUUCAAGUAUGUAUUGAGUAUUUCAACAACCGGGUGAAAAUGUGUGAAAAUGUGUACAAAACAUUUUACACUGGUUGGUUCAGGCCAAGGAUGUAACCAAGAUACAUACUUCCUUUUUACUUGCAGAAAAGAAAUCAUAUUUGUAUGAUGUUAUACACUUGUAGGUACAAACUGAAGUUGGAGUACUAUUUGACAACUGUUACUUUGUUCUUGGAAGUAUGCGUCUUGAAAAAUAGUCAUGUUCUUUGGUUUGUAAUGGUUUUACCUUUACCAUUUUGAAAUGCACAAAUGGAACUCUUUGUCACAUGUUGUAGCAGUAUUUCCAUGUGUGUCCAUCCCUUGAGAACAACAGUAACAUACCCAGGUGAAGCAGAUAUGUUUUUGUUAUGAUUUUACCUAAGAGAUUGUAUUUUUUUCUGAACAGUGCCUCUACAAAUCUUCCCAACUAUUCGAUUCCAUGAAUUGAAGAAUUCUAGUGCAAAAGCCAUAUCCUGCAUGCAUUACGGGAAUGUACUAAGAUAAAGGGAUGUCAUUAUUGUCAUUAAUGCACAAUGGAGAACUGAAAUGAAUGGAUUAAUGUGUAUAAAGAUAUAUAUGCCUGUGUAUAUCACCUAAAUUAUUUUUGAUUUAUUUCUAAGUUUGUAUUAUGUUGUUCAGCUGGGUUGAAAGCCAGCCAGCCAUUCAGUCUGAGAGCUUGGACUUGAACAAUAUUGUCUGGUACCGUGCAGAAAAACCUUGACCGCCGAUACAUAGAUACUACUGUGAUUCAGCUGCUAGUCUUCACAGAGUUCUCAAUAAAGGCCAGCUGUUUUUGUGUCAAGGUCAGUGGCAUUUUGUGAUACCCCGUUAACACCGUUAAAACUCUCUCUCGAUAGUUCCCGAUGCGAAUGUACAUAUCAUUUUUUUUAUGCGUCUGUGCCUGACCUUUGCACUAAUGGUGAACUAAUGGUGAUUUGUGUGGUCAAUCUAUCUGGACACAGUUUUUCUGCUGUUUGAUCGGCUGUUGCCUAACUGUGCCUUCAUUUUAUUUGAGCUUGUGAUGAUUUGAUUUUUUUUUUCUCCCUUUCUUACACUUUGCUCUACAAGAGUUGAGUCUUUGCCUGGCAAAGGGUUGUAUUUCUCAGUCAGUUGCUUACUAGCAUAUGAAAGCUUUUUUCUUCUGAAACGAUGUUACACUGGGACUGUAGGGUCAAAAAGAAAGAGAGAAUGCAGUGUGUGUGUGUGUGUGUGUGUGUGUGUGUGUGUGUGUGUGUGUGUGUGUGUGUGUGUGUGUGUGUGUGUGUGUGUGUGUGUGUGUGUGUGUGUGUGUGUGUGUGUGUGUGUGAGUGAGAGAGAGAGAGUUUGUGUGUGAGUGUGCAUGUGCGCAUGCAUGUGUAUGUAUGUGUAACUUGUAAAUCUCUGUAUAUAGUGCAAAAAGGCUGUUAAUUAUGUGACCCUGUUCAAACAAAAUCUAAAUUUAUUGAGACAAUCUUUGUCAACGUGAGUUAGCACAGUUGUCUUUCUUUUGGGCUUUAUCAUUCUGUGAUCAACACAUGCCAAAGAUUAUUAUUAGAUGCCCCCUUGAAUAUUUGUUCCCCAUGUAUUGUUUUUCAAAUUUGGACCAUUUAAGUCGUCAUGUUGUGUCAUGCAUUUGCAAUAACUGUUUACUGUUGUUAUUUACUGCUGUAAAUAAAUAAGUAUCUUAUGAAGA